CUUCUCUUCCCCAUUCCCACUCUUCCCUUUUACUACACCCAAGCAAACGUAUCCAUCACCACUUUCAACCACAACCAACGUCAUCAACGACGCGACUAUUCCAUCCACUUAGAAAACAUCCACUUCAAACAACCUCACAAUGACUGGACGCGGCAAGGGCGGCAAGGGCCUCGGCAAGGGCGGCGCUAAGCGUCACCGCAAGAUUUUGCGUGACAACAUCCAGGGUAUUACCAAGCCCGCUAUUCGCCGUCUCGCUCGUCGUGGUGGUGUCAAGCGUAUCUCUGCCAUGAUCUACGAGGAGACCCGUGGUGUCCUCAAGUCCUUCCUCGAGGGUGUUAUUCGUGACGCCGUCACCUACACUGAGCACGCCAAGCGCAAGACCGUCACCUCUCUGGAUGUUGUCUACGCACUCAAGCGCCAGGGCCGCACCCUUUACGGUUUCGGUGGUUAAGCGAGUCGCAUGCUCGCUUUCAACACCAUCGCUGGUUUUUGUCUUCUAACGGUUUGGAUUCCAUGGCGCCGUGGUAUCCAGGCUGCUGAUAGUCAAAACUGUGGUGGAUGAUGGUUCAUUGGUCUUUUCUCUCAACCGGUAAUGGGAAUACGGAUACAAUCACGUUGGUUUACGGCGUUGGGGAUCACGAGACUUGGGGAAUGAUAGUACUCUAGGCGUCUUACAGGCAGACGCUUGCAAUGGAAACACCAAAAUGGUGACUUGAA